GUGCGUGCGAGCUUUGAAAAGCUGUUCGAAACUUUUGCGAUCCGAACGCGACAUUUCUUAAAUAAAGUUAAAAAUGUGUGUAUUAGUGUAAAAAUGUAUUAGUGUAUAAAGAUAGAACAAAAUAGUUUGAUUAAUUAUUCGACUAACUUUGUUAUUAAGUGAUAACUAGUGUUAAUUAUAGUUAUGUGAAGUUAAUCAUUAGAAAUAUUAAUUCAUUAUUUAUUAGGAUUAUUUAGGUUUUAAGAUUCGCAAUGGAUACAAAUGAAACCCUUCUAUUCAAUAUUAGUUCCCUUGUGAUGCGAGAGACUUUGUCGAGUACUAUCAGCACAGUGUCUAUGAACAAAACCGUCUCGAAUGCCUAUGAAUGGCGUUUUGUGUUGCCACCCUAUUUCCUCAUUUUCCUCUUGUCGAUAUCCGGUAACUGUCUCGUGAUAGCAACACUGGCUAGUAAUAGGAGAAUGAGGACUGUCACUAAUGUAUACCUAUUAAACCUGGCCAUAUCAGAUUUCUUACUGGGAGUAUUCUGUCUACCUUUUACUCUGGUCGGGCAGAUUUACAGAAGAUUUUUAUUUGGAGCUACACUAUGCAAAUUAAUACCAUUUUUGCAAGCUGUCUCGGUAUCAGUUGACGUGUGGACUCUUGUGGCCAUAUCUCUUGAGAGAUAUUUCGCCAUCUGCAGACCGUUGAAAUCGCGGAAGUGGCAGACCCAGUGCCACGCGUACAAAAUGAUCGCAACUGUGUGGAUAUUGUCUCUUGCAUUAAAUUCACCGAUACUGAUAGUAUCCACGCUGCAACCAAUGAAAGGAAAUGCCUACAAAUGUCGUGAAGUCUGGGCAAGUUUGGAACUAGAGAGAGCAUUCAACCUGGGAUUGGAUGGGGCACUGCUUCUCAUCCCAUUCUUCGUAAUGUCAGUUGCCUACUCCCUCAUCGUAACCAAGUUAUGGCGAGGACUGCAGCACGAGAUACAGCAUAACUACAAUUGGCAAAAAUAUUUGCAUAGAGACGAUCACCUACCAUCAUCGACGCCAAUUUUGAACGGCAAUGCAACAGCACUGUGUUGCAAGAAUGGCUGUAACGUCAAAAAAAUUAAGGAGAACGAAGAACGUCUUGGUGCUGAGAAAAAAGCAGUGUGUUGUCUGCAAACUGAACUUGAGUUUAGACACGUCGUGCGAUCGACACAUAUAGACAAGAGUAUAGAGGCAAAACGUAAGGUUAUACGAAUGCUGUUUGUAAUAAUCCUUGAGUUUUUUGUCUGUUGGACGCCACUCCACGUCAUAAAUACCAUUUACCUCUUCUAUCCUGAAGAAUUGUAUCAAUAUAUUGGGUCUAAAGGCAUUGUUUGUCUGCAACUGCUGGCCUACUGCUCAUCUUUCUGCAAUCCCAUUACGUACUGCUUUAUGAAUCGAAAGUUCAGGCAGGCCUUCAUCAGUCUUUUUAAGACUUGUAAGAUAUUCAGGUGGUGCUUCCCUGACAAAACGACGGAGAAACAAGCGACUCCUCCACCUUCAAGCCAAGACGUUACUGCUUGUGUUAUAAGAGGCAGUCACACGGGUCGCACAGACCUGGAUGGACAAGAAGUUGAGGAUUGUGUUUAGCAGCGGCUCACAAGGCACCACAGUAGGAAACGCACAUCCCGCAUUGCCGGCCGUUUCCGUCACGCGGCCCGUCACUCAGGUUAUAGAAACCGGAACAGAGGAGAGUCAAUUCCUUUAUCGGAUAACCUGGCCAAGAACAGGACAGUCAAAGGCGACGGGGUCCACUCAACCGGUUUAUGAAUAAAUGUCUUGACUGCGGUGUUGUAAAGCUGGACCAAAUUGUUAUGAGUUAAUUGUGAUAUUGUGAGGUUUUAGAUUUAAUUCGGUAAUUUACUCGUGCUAUCAGUAAAUAAACUGUACCAUUAAGGAAAUUCUCUAACGAGCUUCUAACACAGCAUUCUUGUUGUCUUUAACAUAAUGGUAAGGUUGUACCUGUUUUGUAUUCGCACCGAAAUACUGGUUUGUAUAUAUUAGAUUUAGUGAUAUACGUAAAAUUUACUUAUAUCUAAGAAUGUGUUUUGACGUUAAUAACGCUGCAGCGAUUUUAUGGGUAUAAAGAUGGGACCUAUCUUCUUUAUUAUUUCGGCAGUCUCCUAACGUAAUUUUAAUUGCGGUUUCGAUCCGGAUGUGAAUAUUGAUUUUCUGUACUACAAAGAUCCAAGUUUGUGAAACCACUAAGGCCUUUGUAUUGGCAGAAGCCUCUUCAAGUAAUGGUAGGAUUCUAAGAACCACCUCGCGUAAUCGAGGUAUUGUUCCCGUUGAUUUCUCGCGUUGUAUUCGAGGGAUCCACAAGAAAAUAUUGCUUGCUUUGAUUAAAAUAAUACCUAUAUAUAGGUAUUAUUUAAAUUAACGACUGAUUUGUAUUAUUAAUGUAGCCGUUUUUUUUAAAACAGUGUAUCUACUUUUAAGGAUUUCAUUAUAGUUAUAUAUUAUUAAUUCUAUUGAAUUGUAUAUAAUUGUAACACAUCGAAUGUUAUUCUGUAUACUAUUGUGAGAUUUUUAAAAUGUGACGUAAUAAAGGAUAAGAACAU